AUGGACGCCUCUAUCAAGUUUCAAGCCAAAGAUUUUAUUACCAGCCGUCGGCUCGGCGAGAAAUCAGGACUCUGGGAACACUACCGACUAGGGCGAUUCCUGGGAGAAGGAGCAUAUGGUGCCGUGCAUUCCUGCAUUCAUUUGGAAACCGGUGCGGAACGAGCUUGCAAGAUCAUGGAAAAGACUCUAGACAAUGACGAAAUCACCGAGGAAGCGCUCAAGGAAUACCACAUUCUCAAGGAAAUGGAUCACCCAAACAUGAUGAGCUGCUAUGAAGUUCUGGAAGAUGACACUGCAUUCUACAUCAUUACAGACCUGUGCGAGGGCGGAGACUUGCUGGACGAACUGGAAAAGUACGAUGGCGGCGCUCUCCCUGAAGACGACGUGGUCGUGCUCAUGGGACACUUGCUCAGCUGCAUCAACUACAUGCACCAGCACGGACUCGCCCACAGAGACUUGAAGCUUGAGAAUGUCUUACUUCACGAUUCUGAUUACGAUACCAUGAAAGUCAUUGACUUUGGCCUUGCCGCUCGGUUUGACAGCGAUACUAGGUUCAAUGACAUUGUGGGAACUGCAUAUUAUCUGGCACCGGAAACACUCGACCACAGCUCAGGUCCCAAAGUGGACUGCUGGAGUGCCGGCAUCAUUGCCUACAUGCUCCUCGGAGGAUAUGCUCCCUUUGACGGAGAGGACGACAGAGAAGUCCUCCAAUCGGUGGUGUCUGGUUGUCUCCAGUUCAACGAGGAAGUCUGGGACGAUGUCAGCGAAGAAGCCAUCGACUUUAUUGCCAAGUUGCUCGAGAAGGAUGAAGAGAAACGAGUCACUGCCGAAGAAGCUUUGCAACACCCCUGGUUGAAAAGCCACCGUCGUUCCGCUCUGGCCCGUAACCACAACCGCCGGGCAUCCACUCGAGCGUCCUUGGUCGAUCUGCAAAAGUUUCAAUCCCAGGGCUGCAUCCUCAAGCAAGCCACAUGUGCCAUGAUGGCAUCCCAGUUUCAGCACAGCGAGGAAGUCAAGGACAUUUCACGGGCCUUCCAAACCUUGGACCAAACCGGAUGCGGGAAGCUUACCAAAGCGGAUCUUCAGGCCUGCUUGGCCGUCAUGCUGGAGGACGAUCCAGAUGCAUCGGAACACAUUGACGUCGAUGGUCUCUUUGAACAAGUCAACUUUUCGGGAACCAAUACUAUUAUGUACAGCGAGUUUGUCGGGGCUUGUCUGCUCCAGAAAAAGGUCUUGGACGACGUCAAGCUCCAACAAGUGUUCCAAACCUACGACAAGGAAGAAAAGGGAUACAUCACACGACGCGAUCUCAAGGAGGCUCUGUCGCGCAACUGUCUCAUCUCGGAUCGAACCAUUGACAAGAUUAUGCGUCAGACGGAUAAGUCGGGGCAUGGACACAUCUACUUUGAAGACUUUCGAGCCAAAAUGUUGGGACACAGUGUAUCCUUGCCGCCCAAGAUUGGCUCCACCGACUGCGACCAACAUCAUCGCUUCCGCCUCCAAGCGCCACAAAGGACUCGAGCUCCUGUGCAAAUCCACGCCAAGGGAGCUUAG